AAAAGCUAUUAUCAUUUUCAGCUGCUUUUAUGCAAGUGAGUAACUACAACCGCGACAUCACAGCAAAAGCUACGAAAGGACUUCGCGACUCGUAUCUAAAAAAGAGAUACCAAAAUAAAAGUGAUGGCCGACGCAUCAAACACGAAUCACUCCCGCAUCUACAAGCACAGCCCAUUGCCAGUCCAUACAAAAGCUACAUUCGCGGCUGUCUUGUUACUCUGUGGAGCGAUAGGAUUUAUAGGCAAUACGUUAGUGUUAGUUUUCGAGAGAAAAAAACGCAAAGCUGCAGACACACCUUCAAAGCGAAGGGCCUUCGAGCGAUCGCUUACUCUGUACUUAUUGAAGAGCUUGGCGCUUACGGAUCUUUUGUGUUCGGUAAUAAACCCUCCUCUUCGUUUGAAUUUGAUGGACGAAAAGCACACAGCAAAUUGGCACUGUGUUGUAAAUAACAUUACUUUGUUUUGUUUUCCUAUCAUAACCGUUUUCAAUCUUGUUGUCAUAAGUUUAGAUCGCUACAUGGCGGUUUUCCACCCGUUUCAUACAUUCACAUGCGCCUUUGCAAAAAAGCUUGUGAUCGCUGCGUGGAUCGUGGGUGCAAUUCUAGCUGUCGUCCUAACCCUUCCGAUCAAAAACAUGUACAUAGAGCUAGACGACAAUGUGUAUACGUUCUCAUGUAUAGUGAGCAGCAAUGAAGUGUGGGAAAAAGUAGUUUUUGGUGUCAUUACCUUACUAGUUUACUUGGUGCCAAACGCCAUUAUGUUUUACACGGCUGUGACCGUAUCUAGGUUUCUACGCAAGAGAAGCCGUGAGAUUCAAGCCUCCGCAAAUAUCCAUUCCAAUAAUUCUCAGGGCCGGCGUUUUAAGGAUACCAAAAUGUUCAUUAAUGCCUUUUUUGCAAUUUGUAUACCAUACUCAACUUAUUUCGUCUAUAACUUGGUAAAACGCUUUGCAGGGUUAGAAUUAAGUUAUGAGCUCGAUUUUACGAUAAGGAUGUCAGGUGGUGUACUAGCGACAUUCAAUAGUUGUAUUAAUCCAAUGAUUUACCUCUUUUCUUACAAAGAUUUCAGAAGAGAGCUUAGGAAUAUAAUAUGCCCUCGGCAGGUCGUGAAUGAUGAGAGUAGACAAAGGCAAGACCUUUACAUGGCGGGCAGAUCAGAAGGGCGCAAAAGAGCCGGUCCAAAUUUGCCAAAUAUACCCGAACAAGAGAGUAACCUUAUUGAGACAAGGCUCUGAGUAUGCAUGGGGCUUAAGUUUUCCAGAAACACAAUAGGGUAGAUACAACCUUAUUAUGUAUAAUGUUAUUCUCAUAAAUAAAAAUACGUCGCUUCA